AGACUUUGUUAUUAUAGAUUCAUUUCGUUAUUAUUUAAUAUUCAAUACCAUUGUUAUGUGGUAUCAAUCAAUCAAUCAUGUCUUUGUCUAAUUAGGCCAUCAAUAAUCUUCAUCAGUAACUAAUUUUGUCCAUUAAAUUCUGUGUCCAUACAAAUAGUAUUAUAGACUACACUAAAAAAAAAUGUGCGGUCAGUAGUCAUACAUUCAAAUACUAUAGUUUUAGUCGAUAUCUGAAGUAAAAUAGGGUUACUGUCGGCUAAAUAUAUAUAUAUAUCAAUGAUCUAUUAAUUAUCCAAAUAAAUUGUUGGCCACACUAUCUCAGUAUUGUCCAGUAGAUAAAAAAUAUGGGUCGACACUACCGAAGACCGGUUCCCAAGACAGUGGCCGACGCUUUCGGUAUAGGAUUUCUGGUGUUUAUGGUUUUCGCGACAUUUGUUUUUGAAGUUAAAGUUGUUUUACCACACAUUCACACUAUCGAUAUCACUGUUCAAUACUUUCACAUAAUUGUCGGCCUAUUUAUUACAUUCAAUAUAAUGUCAAACUUCUUAUGGUUGAUAACAACUCCAAUAUCGACUGCGGGUUUACUAAUGCCGUCAUUGCUUAAACCCAAUUGGCGUUUCUGUGCCAUCUGUGAGGGCAACUCACCUCCCCGUUCAUAUCAUUGCCAAAUCUGUGAUGAAUGUGUCCUUAAACGAGACCAUCACUGUGUCUUCAGUGGCUGUUGUAUUGGUUACAAGAACUUUAGAUAUUAUUACGGACUACUUCUAUGGGUAGCCAUCGGCGGUCUAUACGCUACCGUAUUGAACCAAUUUUUCAUAUGGCAAGCACUGGGAGGUUUGACAUACGUAACAGUGUUUACCCAUAUAUUUCCAUUUCCAUUCUGGCUAUUCGGCUAUAUAUCGUUGAAAUGUUUUUGCUAUACAUUUCUAUCAGUAAUUAAUUUUAUUGGUUUCAUGUUUGCAACGGGUCUUCUUUACUAUCACUCAGUAUUGAUGGUCAACAAUCAGACAACAUAUGAACGAAACAAUGGUAUCAAUCAAUACAGUUUAGGCAAUUGGAGGACAAAUGUUUGCGAAAAUUUAGGACCCAAUUGGUUGGCGGCUAUACUAUUGUCACCAAUGGUUAAAUCACCGCUACCUCGCAAUGGAUGCGAUUAUCCGACACUUAAGGAUAACUUAAUCAAUUCAAACAAAUCCAAAUAA